AUGGGUGCAUGGAGUGACCGAACUGGCAAUAGGAAAUUGUGCAUACUUCUACCGAUCUUUGGCGAGUUUCUUGUGUGCAUUAGUAACGUCAUCAGCACCGUGUUCUUUUAUCAAGUGACAGUUGAAGUUACGAUGUUCCUGGAAGCCAUUUUUCCAGCAGUUACUGGAUACUAUGGAAUAUUUGCAAUUUCGGGCACAAUAUACUUGCUGACGUUCAGCUACGGAUUCUUUUACUUGAAGAAAUGCACCAAGCCUGGAGUAUGCGAAAAUGAGAAGGUUGAGGCAGUGACUAUUUCCGAGCUUGCAACUUUAAUAAAAGAAACAGUCGUUGUUGCUUUCAAAAAAAGGGACGGAAAUAUCAGAAAAAAGAUCAUAAUAACUCUACUGACCGUCGCUAUAGUUUAUGGACCAAAUCAUGGUGAAAGAAUAAUUACAUAUAUGUUUGUAAGAUAUCGUCUUAAGUGGGAUGCUGUCAAAUAUAGUAUGUAUUCAACUUAUAGCAUCAUUACACAUUCAUUGGGUGCUUUGUUUUCGAUAAGCGUGUUCAGUAAACGAUGGGGCUUCCACGAUUCGGUACUUUGUCUCAUUUCCAUUGUCAGCAAGUUGGCCGGCUCAAUACUUAUUGCUUUCGUCAGAACUGACUUGGAAAUGUUUAUGGUGCCGAUCGUCGAGAUUCUGAACGCAACAACAUUCACAUCGCUAAGGUCAAUGGCAUCUAAAUUGGUUCUUAGCAAGGAAAUGGGCAAAAUGAACUCUUUAUUCAGCCUAGUUGAGACACUCGCUGCCUUGUUCUUUGACCCAACAUACUCAACGUUGUACUCAAAAACGAUACCGAUUUUCGCCGGGGCAGUGUACAUAUUUAGUGCUGUUAUGACUUUACCUGCGAUAGUUAUGUUGAUAUGGUUAUUUAUGCAGCAUAGACUAGAGUCGCGAUCGGAACGCGAAAAUAGAGUUAACACUUGUGAUGAAAAAGUGUUAAACGUC